AUGUUGACUAUCACGAAAAGACUGGUGACCACCGAUGUGCGGUCGCGAAUACUGUUAAGCAGUUUAAACGGGAAAAUGUCCGAUGCACUGGCGCUGCUGCGUCAGCAGCAGCAGACCAGCGUGGAUGUGGAGCUGCUGCACACGAUGCUAGCGCGAGCCGCUGCGCUUGCCCAUGCCGACACUAUAGCAUACAUGUGGUAUCAGCAUGUGAUGCCACGCCGGUUGCCAGUAGAGGGCCGCCUGCUAUGUGAAAUGGCUGGCGUAGCAUUGUACCAGGACAGGCUCUUCUUACCCGCGCAGUUCCUCCAGCACUACCAGGCGAUGAAUCGCGAUCGUCGCACCAGCCCAGAAGAUGAACUGAUUGAGUAUGAGCUUAGACGGAUUAAAGUCGAAGCGUUUGCGCGUGGCACAAUGCACUCCACGGCGCUCAGGGAAAAGUGGAAGGUAUUCUUGCAGGAGAUGGAUACGCUACCAGGGCAGCCGCCAUUAAGGCUGCGCGACUUCCCGCAAAUGACCAAGGCUAUGGGCAUAGCAUUGAUGCAGCAAGAUGAGCAAGCAGCUGCCCUGGCGUUGUUUGGACGACAGCCCCUAGUGAUAAAGAACGAAUGGUCACUACCGCUACUACUGGCUGGUGUCCUUUGGCAUGUUCCCGGCCCAGCGCAGGCGCGACGUGUGCUGGCGGAGUUCCGUCAAAGUUAUCGCGGGCUGCCGCUGCUGGAUGCCGAACUAGUGAUAAAGAGAAGAGGAUUUGAAAUCAACACAUAA